AUGUCAUCCUCACUUGAAAUAUUCAUCUCAUCUUUGCUCCUGUUCGUCUCCAUUUCCCGCGCUCAACCCUCGUUUAGACCAAAUGCUCUGGUCCUCCCAAUGCGAAAAGAUGCCGCUACCCUCCAAUACCUCACCACAAUCCACCAACGCACGCCGCUCGUCCCAGUGAACCUCGCCGUCCACCUCGGAGGCGGCUUCCUCUGGACCGAUUGCGACACUAACUACGUCUCCUCUUCUUAUCGGCCCGUUCGCUGCCGAUCGGCCCAAUGCUCCCUCGCCCGGUACACCUCGUGCGGCGACUGCUUCAAUGGGCCACGGCCCGGAUGCAAUAACGACACGUGCGGCGUAACCCCCGACAACCCUUUCACCCGAACCGCCACCGGUGGCGAGCUCGCCGAGGACACAGUCUCCCUGACGUCCACCGACGGGUCGGCCCUCGGCCCGAACACCACCGUGCCUCGACUCAUAUUCUCGUGUGCCCCAACAUUCCUCCUCGCGGGCCUCGCCCGCGGCGCGAUGGGCCUGGCGGGCCUGGGCCGGGCCCGGAUCGGGCUCCCGUCCCAACUCGCCGCCGCGUUCAGCUUCCGCCGCACGUUCGCCAUCUGCCUCUCCAGAUCGCGCGGAGCGGUUUUCUUCGGGCCCGGCCCGUAUCGGUUCCUCCCAGGAAUCGAUGCGUCGGCCGCGCUACGCUACACGCCGUUGUUCAUUAACCCGGUGAGCACCGCCUCGGCCUACGUGCAAGGGGAGCCUUCGACCGAGUACUUCAUCCGCGUGGACGAAAUUCGGGUAGACGGGUCGCCAAUCCCGAUUAACCGAACCCUCCUCGCGAUCGACGGUGAAGGAAAUGGGGGGACAAAGAUUAGCACGGUCGACCCGUACACGGUACUCGAGAGCUCCAUCUACCGGGCCUUGACCGCGGCCUACGCACGGGCGGCCGCGGCCCGGAACAUAACCCGGGUGGCGAGUAUGGGGCGGUUCGGGUUUUGCUUCGGGAGUGAGAAUGUGGGGAGCACGAGGGUGGGGCCCGCGGUGCCGUACAUCGAGCUGGUGCUGGCGGGGAGUGACGGGCCGGUGUGGACGAUAACGGGUUCGAACUCGAUGGUACAGGUAAACGAGCGGGUUAUGUGUCUCGGGUUUGUGGAUGGCGGGUCGGGGCCGAGGACGGCGGUGGUUAUCGGCGGGUAUCAGUUGGAGGAUAAUUUGGUGCAAUUUGAUUUGGCGAGGUCGAGGAUGGGGUUCAGCUCCACGCUGCUGGGGAGGCGCACCACUUACCAUCGCUCUAAAACCCUCUCCUCUCAGACUCAGAGCGUCUCGCAGCGGCUUCCUUUGCUGCAGUUACUAAACCCUAGCUCCGUCGUCUUCCCCGUUGCAAGAAUGAAGCUAGUCAGGUUUUUGAUGAAAUUGAACAAUGAGACUGUGUCUAUUGAGCUGAAGAAUGGCACAGUAGUUCAUGGCACCAUUACAGGUGUUGAUGUCAGCAUGAACACACAUCUAAAGACUGUAAAGCUUACUCUUAAGGGAAAGAACCCAGUCACGAUGGAUCACCUGAGUGUAAGGGGUAACAAUAUACGCUAUUAUAUUCUUCCUGACAGCUUGAAUCUCGAGACAUUGCUGGUGGAAGAGACUCCAAGGGUCAAGCCCAAGAAACCAACUACUGGGAAAGCCUUGGGGCGUGGUCGAGGCCGUGGUCGUGGGCGUGGACGUGGCCGAGGCCGUUAGAUAUGUCUCCAUUCAUCAUAACUUUUGUAGUCUUUGUCGUGUAAACAUAUGUACUCAAGAGAGACUAAUAAUAUAUUUCGAAUGUCUGUGCUAUUAUUAGUUUUUGUCCCUUUAUUGAGGAUUUGCUUAAUGGAAAUCGAAAUUUGGCUUGGAAUGUGUGAUUCCUCAUGAGUUGAGUUGUGUAUGAAUAAACCAAAAUUAGAAGAUGAUUGAUUUAGGCAAGUGGAUAAUAUCAGAACAAGAAUGAUGAUUAGUUAG